UGGAUCCUCCUCAGAGAAAUCAAGAAGAUAAUCCAUUAAUGGACAUUAAUCUUUCUCUCAGAGUAGAAGAAAAAACUCAAAAUCAAAUUGAAGAUGAUCCAGAAAAUGAAGAACAGGAAGAAAAUAUUCAAGUCGAAUCUCAAGAUAAAGAAGAAGAUGAUUUACCAGCUGAAUUAACCUUGAAGGGAAACAAUAACAAGACUGAAGAGUUAUCUGUAUUGCAAAAGGAGAUGAAUCGCAUGAAGGUGGAAAACGAAAUGUUGAAGAAGAUAGUAGAGCAAACAAUGAAAGAUUAUUAUGAUCUUCAAAUGAAAUUCUUAGUUAUCCAACAAAGCACUACCAAAAACAAGGAUCCACAAAUGCUUCUUUCACUUCAUGGUAAUGAACAAGAAAUUGCAAAGAUGGGUUCAAAAGAUUUAGAUAUGAAAAAUCAGGAACUAGGGUUAUCGUUGAGAUUGAAUCAGAUUGAAAGAGAGGAUAUUUUUAAGGAAGCUGCAGCCACAAGCGUUUCACCCCUUCAAAAGAACAAUAAGCGUCAACGGGGAGAAUUAUCAGGAAUUACAGGUCAUGUUUCCUUGCCACCAAACAGAAAAGCUAGGGUUUCAGUCAGAGCAAGAUGCCAAGGAGCAACUAUGAAUGAUGGAUGCCAAUGGAGAAAAUAUGGACAAAAAAUUGCCAAAGCAAAUCCUUGCCCACGCGCCUACUAUCGUUGCACAGUUGCUCCGGGAUGCCCAGUAAGAAAACAGGUGCAACGAUGCUUAGAGGACAUGUCGAUUCUGAUUACAACCUACGAAGGAAACCACAAUCAUCCUCUUCCAGUUGGUGCAACUGCCAUGGCUUCAACGGCAGCCUCCUUUAUGUUGCUUGAUUCAACUAAUCCUCUCACUGCAGAUACCAUUAACACACAAAAUUUCACCCAAAAUUCUCCUUUUCAUCAGGGUUCUUUCAUGAACGCUAAUUCUCAUCAUUCAUCCAACUAUGCAAACGGAAACCCUAAUGAUCCAACCAAAGGAAUCGUUUUCGACCUCGCAAAUUCCUUUCCAAUGGCCAGCUCUUCUUCAGCUCCACCAUGGUUCUCUUGAAUUAAUAGCAGUAAAAUGUAGUUUAAUUAAUUAGUUAUAUUACUUUAUACUGCGCAACUUUUAUUAAUUGUACUUAUGAUCCUAAAUUUAGGGUUGCUGUUGCGGCUCCUAAAACAUCUCUCAAUUAUUAUUAAUUCCUUCUUUAAUUAGUUUCUAGGAAUUAAUAAGUAGACUGGCAGCUGUUGAAGCAACGUGCAAUUGGGAUAUUUAAUUAUCUCAUUUCAUCUUUCAGCAACCUAGCUCUAAUCGAUCCAUUCAUCAUGCGAUGCCAUGAAGAAUCUGAGGAAUAUCUUGUUGAAGAAAUUUGUAGGGGUUUAACACAUGUUGGAUGAUAUCAUUAUACAUGCUGCAGUUGUUUUUC